GGCUGCCUCCUCCUCUUCCUCUUCUACCUUCGGGGACGAAAAACUCUACCUUGGCCCAUCAGCAUCAACGGCGGCGCACGCGGCUCCCCUCAACCGACGGCCGCUGCCUCCGCCACGCCGCCGCCGCUACCGCGGCUCACCUUCCGGCAGCAGGCGCUCCCCUCCCCUUCGUCGAGGCCGCCGCAUCCGCCUCCUCCUCUUGAGGUAAUAUUCAACUGUCCCGAGCACACAUAAGAUGGUUAACGCAAUCAAGGGUUUGUUCAUCUCCUGCGAUGUGCCGAUGGCACAGUUCAUUGUUAAUUUGAAUGCUUCAAUGCCCGCAUCGGAGAGGUUCAUUGUGCACAUUCUUGACCCUACACACAUGUUUAUCCAGCCUCAUAUGGGAGAGUACAUCAGAAGUAAGAUAGCGGAGUUCAGAGACCAGAAUAGCUACGAGAAGCCAACUUGAAGGGCCCAUCAUAUAACCCCACUGUGAUGUUCAAACUCCAUCAAGAUAUACCUACACUCAUAGGUUAUAUAGCUUUGUGGAAUGAUUACAAGCUGAACAUCAUGGUUCUCUCGUGAUGUUCUGGAAUGAUAAUUCUGUAGUAUCAGUGUCUUGCGUAUAUUUUGUCUUAGUGAGCCUUUACGAGAUAAUAUAUUUGAUGGUGCUGAUUAUUGAUGAUGUGCGGAGAAUUCAGUGCCACUUUUUAUGUAUUCCUUUCCUCAAGAUGUUGUAAGUGCUCUAAACUGAGUACACCAAGGAGAAGCUUUGUUGAAACUGUAUGUACCAAAA